AUGGCAGUGCAAACCCCGAAACAGAGGCUGGCAAACCAAAAGUUUAACAAGAAAGUUGAACAGAACAGAAAGUACGGGAAGAAGAAAGUGAGUAAGAAAGACAAAGAUGGUAAGGUUUCUAUCUCCAAGUACUGGGUCGGCGCGCUCCUGUUCUUGUUGAUUGGUGGUGGGGUGUUGGAAUUGCUCAAAUUCAUCAUAUAG